AUGUUCAUGGAUUCCAGCACGGGUGUGGAGCUCGUGAUGAAUCCGCCUUAUCCGACGGGGCAGCCGGUGCUCGUUCUAGAUGAAUCCUGGGAAACGCAGCCUGAAGCUCGUCUCGGACGUACCUACAACUGCGUAGUGAAGGAGGAUGACGGUAGCAUCCGAAUCUGGUAUUCCGUUGACGACCCGGCUAAUGAUGAACGAUACGUCAGUUAUGCCGAGUCCAGCGACGGCAUCCAUUUCACCAAGCCUGUGCUCAAUCUCGUCGACGUCGGUGGAACCACCGCCAACAACGCCGUUUUACCCAGCAUGAUUGGUGGGAGCUCGGUGUGGAUCGACCCGAAUGCGCCACCCGAGGAGCGCUACAAGACGCAGACGAAGGUCUACUCACCGGAGGUAUGGGGCCAGUUCCACAUGCACAGCUCGCCCGACGGGAUUCGUUGGAAGCUGUUCGAGAAUGUCCGAAUCGGCCGGGGCGGCUGGGAUACCCAGAGCAUCGUCUUCUGGGACCCGCGAAUCGGGCGCUACGUAUUGUACACCCGCUACUGGGUCGCCAAACGACACGGGACUGCUGAGGGCAACGAGAGCUACCGUACGGUGCGGCGGCUCGAGUCGGAUGACUUGCGCCGAUGGGACAACCAGAGCAUCGUGAUGUGGCCGGACGAGGUGGAUCUGGCCACCUACGAGACAAGUGUGCCGUUGCGACCGACGGGACCCGAUUCUCCGCACGGAAGAGUGCCGAUGGACUACUAUGGCGCCUUGGUGUUCAAGUAUCCCGAUGCCGAGGGGGGUGUCUAUAUCAUGCUCGCCCACGCGAACUGGUGCUGGUACGACAGUGAGCUGGUGGUGACUUCCGUGCGCGACGACUUAGAGGCGGAACGCCAGGAAACGCGAACGCUGCAGCUGCCCAGCCGCUUCGACACGCGGCUGUCAGUGAGCCGUGACGGCAAUAGUUUUCAGCGGUGCGGUGGGCGCAAGCCCUUCAUGAGACCCGGGCCGGAGGGAAGCUUUUCUUCCCGAUCGAUAUGGGAAAUGCCAAAUCCCAUUCGUGUCGGCGACGAGCUGUGGAUCUACUACACCGGAGCUAACUGGGAUGAGAACGGAAUUGUGGAUCCUGCGGCGCAAAGCCGUCUCAGCGGCAUCGACCGUGCCGUUAUGAGAUUAGAUGGAUUUGUGUCGGCGGAUGCCGAUUACAGCGGCGGCGAGCUCCUGACCCCGUCGAUUCGAUUUUCAGGCAGGCGGCUAGAACUGAAUGUGGACACCGGCGCAGGAGGCUCGGUCUGGUAG